AUGGAGCCCGUUGAACACACAAACAGCAGCGAGGUAUCCGCUGCCGCUAGAGCGACCCAAGAUCACAACGACGAACGAGAGGGAGCACCAGUGAGCGGGGCGGUGGUUCCUGCGGAAGCUGAUCCGCUAUCCCAUCUAGUGCAGGAACAGAGUGCCCUACAAGCGCUGCACAAACGGGCGCCCCGAAUCAUGGACGACCCGGAUUUCGAAGGGGAAUCCCGUGACCCAGUGCUCCAGGUUGACAAAGAUGACGAAGGUCCACGACCAGCAGCCGCUGAGCCUACAACGCUCCAGCGUGUCGCAACCACGUCGGACGAAAGCAUACUGGGAAACGCUUCACCGGCCAGCGAGCGCGGACUUGUUUCAGACACAUUGCCACAUGCAACAGAUGCAGACGUGACCGAUGAAUGGGCUCGUCGCCGCAAACGUACGCGUUCGAGUCCAGAACUCGCCGAGGGUGAUAUCGAACUCCUGCGUGAAGCCGGUGUUGUGAUUCCAGAGCGACAGUUGCAUCCAGGAGGUCGUCGGUCUCGCCGGCGUCGACGACUUCGCCAGGCCGCAGACCUGGAGAUGACCUCUGAGAACGACGAUGACGAAAACGACAAGAUCGAGGCUUCCCCUGAUACGACCUCCGUAGCACCGUUUGGCAUGAUUGGCGACAGAGACGAAGCCGAUAGAGCUGCAGGCGCUGUGGACGCUCAAAAGUUCACGUCUGUCGGAGAAAAGCAAGCGUCGUUGCCUGCUAGUCCUCAUCAAGCAGCGAAUGCCACGGUGGGUGCUUCAGGCCUGGGUGCCGGCAUCGGCGGCACCGAUGAUCAGAAUCUCGCAGAUGAGGCGUCGAUCGACCAAAACUCUGAAAUAGAGGAAGAAGAAAUCGGCAGCGACGAUGAUGAGGAUGAUUUAGCCGACUUCAUUGACUAUGGUGAUGGGGCAGCUGGGCAACGUCGCCGCCGCCUCGCCCGUGAACGAGCGAGAGCUGCUUUGCAAGCCUCACUCCGAGGCGGGCGCCUGUCCAGCGAACUGGAUCCUUACGCUGCAGCACUGCUGCGAGAGCUCUUCGGUGAUGCCGAUUCACUUGAGAACUACCGCGGAGAGCCGCUUCUCUAUCACGAUGAUCCCGAGCAGAUUCGCAAAUGGCUCCAGAGAAUCGGCGUCAAUGAUCCACGCGAUAUUGAGAACGUCUUGUCGCUGGAGUCGUGGGCAGUACCAGAGCCGUCGUCAGCGGAGGAGGAUGCAUCGACGGGUGCGGAAGCCUCCAAGAGCGCCGGACACGAGAGCCUCUCCGUCGAGCAGACAGAGCUGCUCGCGGAAAUGUAUGCAACGCCUCAGGAUGAUGCGAUUCGUGCACUGGAUUUGCCGGAGUACACCCAACUCUAUCACUGCGGGCGGGAUCAAGCGGGGAAUCCACUCCCUCGCGAGCUCAUGGACGAGAGCGAUAUUCGUUACGAGGCAGAGUGGAUCGUCACCAACGGACUCGUGGACCUGCUUCGGUCGAGUAGACAGGCGGCUCCAGAGUCAUCGCUCGUGGAUCAGGUCGCGCAUUUGCUGCGCUUCCUGCAUCUGGAGCACCUGGACAUCGCCUUUAUCGCCAUGUAUCGACGAGAUUACCUGGAACCCGAUCUUCUGCCUCCGCUCGAGCGAGGCACUGGCGAGCAACAAGCUCCAGUGCUGGAGAGUCCGACACAUUUCGUGGGCGACUGGACACGCCUCUGGCGAGUCCUCGACUGGGACCGAUACUAUUUCCAGUUCCUUCAGCAGAAGCGCCGCCUUAUGGACGUUUAUGAGGAACAGGGUGAAGAGGAGCUUUUGCAGCUGGCUACGGCAGCAUUCCGCCGUGAGAUGCUCCAGGAUGUGGAAAAAUACGCGCGACUGCGUCGGGAGCUAGCUCACGGGGACAAGAAUGGAUCGGCAUCAGCGUCAGCAGGUCGUGAAGAGGCUGCAAGUCCCGAGUCGCUGCGUCAGGUGGCAGCAGAAACUCUGCUGGCGCCCAGCACCGACGCCUACCAGCGACAGGAGCACCGCACCGCAGCUGCAGCUGCGGCGGAAGCGGCAAACGGCAGCAUCCACCCUGAAGUCGGCCUUGAUUCCGAAGCUGCUGGUACCGUCUCCGACGACGCAAUGGAUCAGUUGCAGCAAGCAACCGCUGCAGCUGCUUUGCGACACGCGUCAGACGACGAAGAGCACCGGGAUGCGGCACCUGUGCACUCGACCGAGACCCUAACGCCAACAAUUGGGAAUGCCGAGGCCAUGCAGCCGCGAGCACGCGCGAAGAACAGCAACAGCAGUAGCAGCAACAGUCGUAGCGAUUUGCAGCGUACCAACGCUGAGAUAGCGACUUCAGCGGAACAACCGGGAACACUGCAGCCUCGACAGGUGCACCCGCAAGCCCCUGGUCGUCGCAGGGCUGGUCGCACUCCGUCGCGUCGUGAUGCGCUUCAUGUGGCGAUAUCCUGGGUUGUUGCACACCAGCUCGAUGUAGAGGCGCUCUAUGGCAUCAAGGCUGCCGAUUUGGCCUCCAACGUGCUCUCGGGUGGCAGUCUCAUCACCGAACCUGCUGAUCAUCCAAACAAGCCGUCGCUCGAAGAACUGCUUCGAUCUACUGAUGUUACCGAGAGCACUGCUGCCGUCGGUAUCGAACGGUAUCUGCGCUACGUUCGUCAGGUAGCUGGGGCGCUUUAUGCGGCACACCCGCGCCUUCGGCACUUUACCCGGACGCGUCUGCGCGAAAAGGCGCACCUCACCGUGAAACCGAGUGCGCGUGCCCUCCAAGACCUCGAUAUACUGGAUCCUUUGCGUCCGUACUGUUCAGUGGAAGCGCUACCGGUUGCAGCCCUGGACCCAGCAGAAAUGGCUCGUUUCAUUUACGCUGAACGCCUUGGCCUGGUGGAGCACAUGGAAUGCUCGCUAGCGGCGCCUGAUGAAGCGGAGCUCGAGUCCAUCCUGGAACGCGCGCUCCUCAGCGACAAGUUGUACGAGUCGGCACAAGUCUGGAAUGCUGCACGCCGGCAGAUGCUCACCGAGCAACUGCUGCGGGUAUGGUUGCUACCGCCGCUGCUCGCGGAACUGCUCGAGUGUCUACGCGAGGAAGCGCGAGGUGCUUGUGCGCUCGCGGCAGUCAGCGCCCUGGAACAGCAACUCGUCAUCGGUGGCGCGAGUCCCAGCAGUGCAUCGACAAACGCACAUGAACCUGGUGCGUUCGGUGUCCUCUCUGGUACCGCUGCUGGUGGUGUGCUCGCGUUUGUAGUCUCCGACGAGUCCGAGUACCCGACGACACGCUCUCGUUGGAUCUUUGGUGUUGCCCUCGAUGCCUACGGCCAAGUGCUGGACACGCUGCGUCUGGGUUGCCAUGGCUGGCUGCCCGGCGACGAGCGGCUCUUAGGGCAACUGGUUGCAGCGCAACAGGCAAAAAGUGGUGGCGCUGCUGCUGCUGCUGCUGCUGCUGCUGCUGCCGCGGGCGCUUCAGCGUUGGAGAUGCCGCCGCAGGUGCGCUCGCGACUGGAACGCUUCCUCCAGCGUCAUCCGCACCGGCAAUGUGUCGCUAUUGGGGUCGCUUCUGGGAGUCCUAUUGGCGUGAAUGCGGCAAGUCUCUGGCUCUACGAAUGGAUACGCGGAAUAGAGCAGCGUCUCGGUAGCAGGCGUGAGCAGGCGGUUGGGCGUCAGCCGCAUGUGCUGCGUAUCGACGAUGAUGCUGCUCGCCUGUACGCGAAAACGAAGACUCUGAGCGCUUCACUCGGAGGCAUGGUGCCUCCCGAGUGCGACGGUCUGCCCUUGCGACGGGCUGUUGGUGUAGCGCGACUCUGUCAGGAACCGCUGGCGGUGUAUGCAGCGAUUGCAACAGAGGCAUCCCUGGGUGCAUUGCUGCGCCUCACUGUGCGCUGUCGUCCGCAACACCAACAACAACAACAACAACAACAACAACAACAACAGAUGCUGGAUUCUACCCGCCGUACGGAUGAAACUGGUGAUACCACGGCUACGGCGGACGCUGCAGGCCAUGACGCUACAAGCUGGCAGCAAGUCACGGACCCGAGUCUGCAUACACAACUGGACCUUGGCCUCGAUGGCAUGGUGACCUCGCCCAGUGAUCGUCUGCUGGUCGUGGAACGAGCACUGCGUCAUGCGGUCGCCUCACUGGGCCUCGACCUGAACCUCUUGUUGCGCUAUCGUCAUCUGCAACCUCUGAUGGCGUUUGCGCCCGGCCUUGGGGUUCGCAAAGCAUCCCUUUUCAUCCAGACGCUGCGAAACCAGUUUUCCAGGGGCGCCACACGACCCCCAAGCGUCCCGUCACGUCAGGCAGUAUUGCGCAGCAAGGCAGCGACUCGGCGGGUGCUCGACUCGCUCAUAGCGUAUCUGAGGGUUUCGAGCGGGAUCCACGGGACGACUAGCGGCGGUCCAGGCGCCACAGGCGAAGCGUCGACGACACUUCAGGGUGCUUCGGCGGCAGCGUAUGCACGUGAACGACUUGCCCAGUGGAGACGACGUGCUUCCAGCGUCGAUGUGUCGACCUGGCGACCACUAGACGAGACCCGCAUCCACCCGGUAGACGAACCGCUGGCGAUGAAGAUCGUUGUGGAGUCGUUGCGGGAGCACGAUCCACGGUACUGGAAUGCAGAGCGUUUAGCGUCGACGCCUGCAGCGGUGUUGGUGUUGCAUUUGUUGGAGCAUCCCGAAGCGAUCGAGGAGCUCGACUUGCCCGGCUACGCAGCGCACCUGGAACAGGCUGGACACGGUCGUAAGCGGCACAUUCUAUUCCUGAUUGCGAAUGAGUUUUACCGACCAUUUGCGGAUUGGCGUCGGACGCGCUCCUCGUUACAAGGCAAAGCGCUCUUCUAUGCCUGCACCGACCUGGAUGAGUGCCUGUUUGGCUAUGGAACGCGGGUGCACGCCUUUGACGGACGUCCUGUAGAGCGCGGUAGCGCUUGGCGUUGUCGUGUGGUUCCCGCAACCGCCUCGGUUGCCAGCGACUGGCUUCCUGGUCGUCUGGAGGCAGCACAAGUGCCGGCAGUCUGGCGACAAGUCCGCCAGGCAGCGACAUGGGGCAGCAUGUGGCCUGCUUCUGUGCAUGCACGGGCGGAGGAGCGCUACUUCGGAACGCCCUCGGUUGCUGCCCUGGGGCAAGUGCCGCUCUUACCGCUUCGCGUUAAGGCUGUGGACGGAGAGGCGCUCCAGGUGCAGCUCAUGGCGCUGGAGCCGUUACCAGCCGAGCUUGCGUGGUUGGCGGAGCGAAUGGCGCACCUGCCGGGUCGAGUGCCGCUGGAGUCGGUGUCGCGAAGCGCGCCUCCUGGUACCACCGCAGGCACUGCAGGUGUUGACGCUUUUAACACAUCGAGUGCUGCUGCUGCUGCUGCUGCUGCUACGAAUCAUUUGUCCUCUUCGACGCUGCUAUCCCAAAGAGCAUCACGUGUGCUUCCCACGGGCCUGUUGCGCCAUCCUGCGUACCGUGCGCUUAGUGGGCGUCAGGUGGUGCAGGAGCUUGCCCAAGCGCCGCCUGGCACCGUCUAUUAUCGUCCCUGUUCCCGCGAUGCCCAAGCGGUAUGUGCUUCGUUCAAAAUCCACGACGAGGCGCCCAUUGUGCACUUGGACUUGUUGGUGGUGGAGUCUGUGGGGUCCGGUUCCGGUGCGGUUGCCGGAAACGCCACUGGUGCUAGUGCUGGUGCUGCUCCUGCUGCUGCUGGUAGUGGCGAGCACGUCACACAGCAGUGGCAGCUGCGUCUGGAUGCGGAGCUCUUCGACGACUUGGACGAGGUUUUUGCACGCUAUAUUGAACCGAUUGUUCAGCUCGCCUGGAGAGCGACGCAGCAUCCCAAGUUUAUGCUUGUUGGUGAACACGACAACGCUGCGGCGGCUACCACGGCACUGGAAGCCUUACUACGGCAAGAGAAGGCCAAAGCUCCCAGCACCAUCCCCUAUCGACUCGCGUUUUGUCGACAUCGUCCAGCGCAUUUGGUGUUUGCGUAUCUACCGGGUCGAGCGACUGUGCUGUACGAGCCCAUUACCCUCACCCCAACAGGUUACCGACUUCGUGAUCAGGUGUUCUCGUCAGUUGAUGACUUGGUCAGCUGGUUCAAACGCAACUGGCAGCGUUUGUUGCGUUCGCAAACCGGACCACCGCGACAACAAGCGACAGAGGCUGAUUCAGAUGCGGUGCUGGCGUCACUGGGAGCAGGAGCAGUUGCCGUGGGUGCAUCGGCUGGAAACCGUUACCAGAGCGAGGCCUCUGCUGCGUACGGGGCGCAAGUUGGUGUCGACCAACGGGUACCUGUUGUGGGUUCUUUGGUGCAACUCGCGCAGCGAGCCCUUGAGCGUUCCGGAGCGGGCACUGGUCGGCAUGCACCGCGUUAA